CAAAUAAAGCGAUCUGUUCGCACUGUGGUAGGUUGUUGUGCCAAGGUUUUCUGUGAAUUCUAGUCGAAAAUCGUCAACAUGGGACAAGAUUACUACGGAGUUCUAGGUCUGACGCGCAGUGCGACGGAUGGAGACAUCAAGAAGGCAUACCGUAUCCUGGCCCUGAAGUACCACCCAGAGAAGAACAGAGACUAUGGAGCGGAGGAAAUGUUCACCAAAGUGGCCGAGGCCUACGAUGUACUCAGUGAUCCGAGAAAACGAGCGACGUACGACCAGUUUGGUGAGGAGGGUCUGAAGAAUGGCGUACCUGAGGGUAGUGGGGUGGGCGGUGCCUGGACCACCGGGUACACCUUCCACGGGAACGCUGCCAAGGUGUUCAAGGACUUCUUCGGAGGAGACAAUCCUUUCGCAGACUUCUUUGAUGGCCCUGACGGAGACCUGACCAUGGGGUUCGGAGGUGUCCACGGGCGCGGCAGGAAGAAGAAGGACCCGCCCAUCGAGCGUGACCUUGCCCUGACCUUGGAGGAAAUCUUUCACGGCUGCACCAAGAAGAUGAAGAUUUCUAGAAGAGUCAUGAACGAGGACGGCCACACCUCCAGUAUCCGUGACAAGAUCCUGACGAUCACGGUGCGGCCGGGCUGGAAGACGAGCACGCGGAUCACGUUCCCCGAGGAGGGCGACCAGGGACCCAACAACAUCCCGGCUGACAUCGUGUUCAUCGUGAAAGAUAAGGCACAUCCCAGGUUCAGGAGGGAGGGCAACGACCUCAUCUUUACUGCCAAGAUUCCUCUGGGCAAGGCCCUGACUGGCUGUAAUGUAGUAGUCCACACCCUGGAUGACAGAAUCCUGGACAUCCCCAUCAACGACAUUGUACAUCCCAAAUACACCAAGAUUGUCCCAGGAGAAGGCAUGCCGAUAGCCAAGACUCCCACCAAGAAGGGUGACCUGAUCAUAGAGUUUGACAUUGAGUUCCCCACACAGCUGACACCGGAGAAGAAACAGCUCAUCAGACAAGCCUUGCUUCACUAACAUGGACAUAUGUACAGAAGGACAUAAACUUCAACCAUGUAAUAAUACAGGAGGGUAUUCUCAUGUUGGGUAGUUAUGUUUUAGAGGGACUUUUCUAACCGCAUCCCCAAAAUAGGGUCUUCCUUUUCAAUUGUAUAUCCAAGGACAUUUGAUUCUAUGGAUGACAUUGACGCACACAUGGAUUUGGACCUUCCCCACCCCAAAGGGGGUGAGAAU